AGUGAGCAAGGAAUCCUUUCAAAAACUCCAGCCAAGACGUGCACAGUAGCAAAUGAUAGAGUUGAGACACCCAUUUGAAGAUGCAGCCCCCACAGCCUGUACGGCGGUAGGGAUGUUGAAGUACGCGAACCUGUACUAUGAAGACAUUCUUAGGACCAGAAGACUGAACGAGGAAGUGGACACAGACCUGUCUCAGCAAUCAGAUAUGUGGGAGGACACAUCAGUACAGCUAAGCACAGCAGCGAAGCUAGAUAUGGACAGGCCGGUCACCCUGGAGGAACUCACCCAAACAGUGAAAACUAUGGCGCGAGGCAAGUCCCCAGAAGUUGACGGCCUUACCGUAGAGUUCUACUCCGCGAACUGGGGCGUGUUCGGGCCGCUACUAGUGGAGCUGUACAACGAAGUGUUGGUAGGAGGGAGACUGGGGAAAGGGAUGACUCACGGGGUGAUCACAUUGCUGUUCAAAAAAGGUGACAAGUCUGUGGUCAAAAACUGGCGCCCGAUGUCCCUGUUGAAUGUGUCCUAUAAGAUCCUCGCAAAGUCGCUGGCACGCAGACUAUCCAAGCACCUUCCGAAAUUGGUAGAAAAUGACCAGGGGGCGUUUGUGCAAAGGCGGUCUAUAUUUAACAACUAUGUGACUGCUAUAGAAACUCUGGAGAUCGUGCAGUCCGAGGGCUUAGACACCGCAGUCUUGCUGCUAGACCUGGAAAAAGCGUACGACAAGAUGGAGGUAUUGCUCAACAGAGUUCGGCGCAAUUCUGACAUCACUGCACAAUGGAGAGGAGUGCAGGGUAAAAGCAUUGGCGGACGACCUGUUUGCAAGUCACCGGAGGAGCCAGCCGGGUCAAGGUCGUCACCACAACAAUCUUUUGCAGCAGCAUCUGAUAGGCCCGCGCAGAAGGGGCAGUCGGGAGCUGACAGAGACUGCGAUCACUCUAGCGACCCUUUCUUCAAUUCCCUGCCAAUGUCAGCACAAGCACAGUCUUCCGUUGGACAGACCGGAGAAUCGGAAGCAAUGGGUGAGGAUGCUCUCGAUCCGUUCGGCUUUAUGUUAGGUGGAAAGGGGAAGCAAGCAGAGACGAGAGAUCCGGACCCUGCAUCUCAACGGCCGACAGAUGCAGGACCACGAAAGACAGAAUCUUCUGCCCCUGUCCCCACGUCCAUAGAUGAUCUGUUUGGGUUUGUGUGGAGUGUCGAGGGGCAAGAGCAGCCAACACACAUAACAGCACAGCAACAUUCAGCACCAUCCGCAUCUGCCGACCCUUUUAUGGGUGUCGAUUGGAUAUUCGAUGCCCCCUCGCCGGUUAACCAUCCAGAUGUGAAGGAGGGAGCUCCUUCCGCGCAGCAGCAGCACUCUGAUCCCUUCCUAAACAUGUUUAGCAGUGGGUUCAGCUCUGGUGGUCCCCUCCCACCCAAUACAACCACAACUGCUAGAGGAGAAGAGUACGGCACUACUGGGAUGUCAUCGUCGGACCCUGCGACUAAUAGGGCUGGAGGCAACAUGGCAGGUACAUCUUCCGCUGCGAACCCAGUGGAGGAGGAGGAGGAUCCUGAUGGCGUAAUGCAACCCCCUUCUGGCUUGUCCCUUCCAGCAGCGAAGAGGCGAGGAGAGAAGUUCUUCAGGCACGGAAACUUUGCAGAAGCGCUGAAGUACUUCACAUGGGUACUGAUGCUAGCGGACGUGCGCGGACCGAUGGGCGUUGAGUUUUUCGGGACUGCCGACAUUUUACUGAAGCGUGCCGCAUGUUACAAUGGGAUUGGGAGCUAUAGAAAGGCCGUUCAAGACUGCACGAAACUGGUUUCGAACUCUGGUCUGGAUCUCCACAAUUCAUAGGUGUAAUAAUAAUUGAGCUCGGCCCGUUGGUUGUGUCCUGUGAUACCCCUGAAGGUCCUAAAGC